CCUUCAGAGGCGACUGAAUCCGGACGUCGUAACGUAAAAAUCAUGACGUCACGCGCACGCUCCCGCCCGCGCGUUGAGUUUUUCCCGCCCUUCCCGUAACGUCACACGCACUCCCCCACCUACACGCGCAGCCCGGGCUCUCGCGGAACCUCCUGUCGCCCACCCCCGCACGUAGGCGUGCGCGCCCCGGCUCGAGGAUCCGUGCGCGCUCCCGCCCGCCCUCCCUCCCUCCGGGGUUGAGGCGGCUCCGGGGCCCGCCCGACAUCUCUCCAUCCCCGACGGAAGGAGCAGAACGUCAACUAGGGAUGCUCCCGCCCGGAGGCGAAGGAGCGGCGGCGGCCAAGGGCAUCCGCGCAGAGGAGGGCAUGGCGGCAACGCGGACCUAAAGAUGGAAAGAUCUGGGAGAGGAGGUGGAGGUGGAGGCAGGAAUGCUGGAGGGGGCUCCAGUGUCAGCAGAAGUGGCCUUUAUGCCCAGGCUCAGCAGUCCCCGUGUCCACACUACCCCCCACCCACCGGCACUCCCGUCUGCCAAACUGGAACCGCCGUGGAGAUCCAGGAGCUGGCCUCAAAGCGGGUGGACAUCCAGAAGAAGAGGUUCUACCUCGAUGUCAAGCAGAGUCCCCGCGGCAGAUUCCUGAAGAUUGCAGAGGUCUGGAUAGGCCGCGGCCGACAGGACAACAUCCGCAAGAGCAAACUGACCCUCUCGCUGUCCGUGGCGGCGGAGCUGAAGGAGUGCCUGGGGGACUUCAUCGAGCACUACGCCCACCUGGGCUUGAAAGCCCACCGGCUAGAGCACGGCCACGACCGAGAGCAUGAUGCCAGGAGGCGACCACAGCCCUCAGCACCGUCCCCGCCGGCUUCCGUGGUGUCUGAGGAGCACCCUCACAGCGUUCUCAAGACAGACUACAUCGAAAGAGACAAUAGGAAGUACUAUCUGGAUCUGAAGGAAAACCAGCGGGGACGUUUCCUCAGGAUUAGGCAGACCCUGACCCGAGGCCCCGGAGGGAUGGGUUACUUUGGACACACUUUGGGCCAAGAACAAACCAUUGUCCUUCCAGCCCAGGGAAUGAUUGAGUUCAGGGAUGCCUUGGUCCAGCUCAUCGAAGAUUAUGGUGACAGUGACCUAGAAGAACCCCAGAGAGGAGGGGAAGAGGAGCCCCUCGAGCUCCCAGAGGGUACAUCCUUCAGGGUGGACAACAAGAGGUUCUACUUUGAUGUGGGCUCCAACCGCUAUGGCGUUUUCCUGAAGCGAGCAGCUUUGGAAUCAGAGGACUUAUGUUCAAAUCCUGGCUCCAAAACCUUCUUUAUGGUAAUCGAAGCCAAGGGCAAACCUCAGGAUCAUUGAGAAAGGUAAACGAAUGUGACUUUGUAAGCUCACAGAAAAUCAUUGCCUUCCCUAAUAAACACUAAUUGCUGAGUGAACUAGGCAUUUCUCUUUUUUCUGCUAUGGUUUGGCCCAGGAAAUUGAUUGGAGGUUCUAAAUUAGCUAUAGUUUAUCUACUCUAUAGUCAUCAAGAGUCUGUUUGAGCAACUUGGAGCUUUUUAAACUCAAGGGAAAGUGGCUUCCCUGCUGUCUGCUCAGGACACCAUUCCAAGAAAAAGCCACCCUCAGUUUAUACUGAAUGUUGGUAUUAUAGAUAGGAACUCAGGCCUAACCAAGAAGCCCCAUUAAUUCAUUGUUCUCACAUUUGUCUGUCUGCCCACGCAUAGCUUUCAACCCACUAGGGAGAUUAGAUCCAUGCACGACCCAUUAUGGCUCCAGAGUCUCCCAGUCUGAUUUCUGAUCCCUUCCUAGACAGAUCUUGGGCUUAAUCCCUUGAUUUCCUUGACUUUUACUAUAACUAAACUCCUUAGGCUGGAUCACCAGCUUCUCCCAUUCUGCUUACUCUCGGGCCUCCAAAUUGCCUUGUCCUUCCUUCUCUAAUAUCUGGCUUGUUGCCCUCACUAAUCCUGGACUACCACUUUACUCCUUCCUAGGCUUUAUCUUGAAUCAUGGAGCUGGCCUCCAGAUUCUGCAGGCCAAAUUCACUUCAAAGUUGAAAACAUUUUAUAAAAUGCAUACUUUUUAUGUGCUAACUACUGGGGAGCACAAAGGUAUAUGAUUAACUCUCCCAGCCCUAAGGAAAUUUAGACUUAUGCACAUUUUAACUUCUUUCCAUCCCAAAUUCAUUAGGAUUAGAAUAAAUCAAAUGAGUGUUAUAUAAAAAAAAAAUAAUAAUAAAAAUGUCAUUUAAAUAGCCUAAUAUAUAUAAAUAUGUGAAAUAAUGUAAUAUUAAUUAAAAUGUCAUUUUAAAGAUUAUAAUAAAUUAGAUCUUGCUUUCUACAAGAACAAGAAGGAACCUUAGGUCUUUUCCACAUCUCAACCCAUGAUAUCAUAAUAUUCCUUCAUCUAACCCCUUCCCAUUUUGCACAUAAGGAAACAGACCCGAGAAGGUUAAGUAACUGGUUAUUUGCUCAAUGAUAGGAGAAAGACUGGAAUUAACUUCACUCAAGGCAAGACCAGUUUUCAGAUGUAUUUGAAACUUUAGGUUCUUAAUGUCCACAGCUACCAAGAUUGAUCCAUGAAAGAAAGACUUUUCCUAUCCAAAGGUAUGUUGUGCAGGAUCAGUGGGGCACAGUCCUUGGGCCCUGUACCCUUCUUUAACUUUGUUGGCUAAGCCUCCAAGGAUUCAUAAUGAAUCUCCUAGCAUGACCUAAGUAGGUUAUGACAAAUUGUAUGUUGAGUGUUAAGACAGUGACAGUCACAAAAUAGCUCCUGAUCUCAGGAACUCCCACUCUAUGGGAGAGACAACAUAUACACAUUUAAAUAUAUAGAGAAAAAAAGAAUAAAGAUCACCAAAGACCCUUGCAAACCUAGGAAGAUAGUAUUGUUCUAGCCACAUUUCACAUCAGCAUCAAUUUUUUGAUGAUGAAAUCAAUUUGUUGCCUUUUUUCCAACAUAAAGAAACUGCAUGAGGGACUCAGGCAAAAUGGUGGGUGUACUUUAAAUUGUCUAAUAGAACAGUGGAAAGAAGUAACCACAGCUGCCUAUUUAAGUCUGUUUAUUAGUAUCAAAUGAGGGACAAAAUGGGGGUACAUGAUCCCUAAUAGUAUUGAGCAUUGUCAACAAGGACUUCCAAUGAAGAUGAAAGAGCUAAUUCCAAUUUAUUGUGAGGUCUUCUCCUGAAACUGGCUUUUGGAUGAUGGGGUGCUGACUACAUCAAGUCUAGAAACCCUAUAGAGCAUCCCAAGUGAGACUUGUAGUCACUCAAUAGAGUUUGAGCACAAUAAGCAUAUGGGAAAAUCCAAAUGGUUGAAAAAUGCAUCCCAAGUAUGAAAUGCUAUAGAAUGGACAGCCCAUAGAGCUUGUAACUGGGGCAGACACUGCAAAUGGAUAGUGAGAAGACCCAGGAUCAAAAAGAAAGAGAAGGACAGACAGAACUAUCUUUGAUGGAUUGCUAUAUUCUUUUAAAGACCCCAAGAUUUCCCUGAAACAAAAGUCCAUCUUUUGAACACCAGUGUUUCUCCAAUGACAUUAGAUAAAUUAUGGAAUCCUUUUUUCAAAAAAUUGGAAUUGAUGAUCAUUCAAAGAGCCAUGGAGAGGCACCCAUGGGGUGUGUCUCCAAGCUGCAGUAUAAUAGAAACCAGGUGUUUUGCCAAAAAAAAAAAAAAAAGUGCCAUAGACUGUCAUUAGAGGGAUUCAGAGCUAGAGGCAACCCAUAAACAUUCACAUACUCUCUUGGUCUCCAUGCAACAUCACAAAAACUGAAGGAAUGACCCAAGCAUAUUACAUUUACCCCUAUGGCAGAUUCAUGGGAAUAUAUGGACAAGAAUCACCCAGGAUGGGAACCCACAUGGAUAGAAUCACAAAUCUAUUGUGAAGGAAGGGGGCUAGAAAAGUAGAAUAGGCUGUUCCUACAUUUAGGAUUUUUAAAAGUCUGCCUUUGACAAGUUUUUUGUUGUCCAUAAUUUUCAUUUGCUUCCCCACACAUUUUAUGCAUGCCAUUUCAACUUGUUCACUGAUACUAAUGCCCACGAUCCCAGAGACCCAUCCAUCACACGCUGCACAGACUUAACCCGCUGUAUGGGUUUGUAUGCAGUCUCAUUGCAGAAACUUGAAGAGCCUGCUUAUGGAAGGGUAACUGUGGCCUUUCUCAUGCACACUUUCUCAUCCCAAGCAGGAGCACGAUCUCCGGAGUGGUCAAGAACCACAGGGGCUCUAUCCAUUGGAGCAAGCUCUGUCAUGCUUCUCUGGUCAGGAAGAAUCCUGGUAAGGUCUUUCUCUGGAGAGAAUGCACCAAGCUUUCUAGUCACAAGAAUAGUAGAGUUUGGCAUCCUAGGAUCCCUGUUUUUAGACAAACAUAACUAUUCUAGUUUCUAAGGGUCUUCAGAGGUGCAACACUUCCCCCAAUUACAUGUAAAAAAACAUUUUCACAUUUGUUUUUUUAAACUUUUGAGUUCCAAAUUCUCUCUCCCUCCCUUGCUUCUCUCUCUACCAAUUGAGAAAGCAAGUUGAUAUUGAUUAUAUGUGUGCUGUCAUGUAAAACAUUUAUAUAUUAGUCCUGUUGUCAUCACUGUUUUUUUAGUCAUUUUAAAGAACUGUUGUCCUCAUGGUUUGAGGAGCUACCAGACCAGUAGCUAAAGAGAUACUAACUACAUUCCACCUGUGCUACUGGUCUGUAUUUUGUUAGUGCCUAACUUGUAAUGACUAGACAAUCCAUAGACAUCUGUAUCUGAAUUAAUGUGUGUUAAUAUGUGAAUUUGAAAGCCCCAAAAUGGAUGGCUGGUGGUAAAUGUGUUAUGUAUGUGUGUACCUACAUGUAUAUGUAUAACACACUUAUGCAGUACCUACCAUGUGCCAAGUGCUAAGUCAUGGGUGCAGAAGCCAAUUAAAUUCCAGGAAAUAGCCCAUGAAAUGAAAGAUGCCCCAUAGCAGUUGUAUGAAGGUUUACCAAAAAUUGUCUGCUCACGUUUGUGUUAGAACUUCUGACAGUGUCUGUUGGAUUGAAGAAAUUCUAAUCAGUCUUUCUUUCUGUGUCUGAUCUUCUGAUCACAUAGGUGAUCUAUAUAUACUAGAGAUAGAGCUUGCCUGCUGAACAGCCAUACUCUAUCUCAGUCCAAAAGUAGCUCCUCUACUUUGACAAUUGAGCAUUGUCAACAAGGACUUCCAAUGAAGAUGAAAGAGCUAAUUCCAAUUUAUUGUGAGGUCUUUUCCUGAAACUGGCUUUUGGAUGAUGGGGUGCUGACGACAUCAAGUCUAGAAACCCUAUAGAGCAUCCCAAGUGAGACUUGUAGUCACUCAAUAGAGUUUGAGCAAAAUAAGCAUAUGGGAAAAUCCAAAUGGUUGAAAAAUGCAUCCCAAGUAUGAAAUGCUAUAGAAUGGACAGCCCAUAGAGCUUGUAACUGGGGCAGCCCAUGUUUAAUAAUCUCUUCCUUCUGAAUAGUCAACCAUACUUAACUCCACUGGGCUCCAACAUGCUCUCUACAGCACGAGACAUUUUUCCUGUCAGUAAUCUAGGCCUGAAUUUGACUUGAACCAAAUCUUAAAUUGUGUGAGUAGAUAUCAAGGGGCAUGUGAAUUUGGGUGGGAAAAUAGAUACAUUGUAAUUUCCACUGACCUUUAGUGAACUUAGAUAUUUUCAUUUAUAAAUUAAAAACAUGAUUAUAAGAAGAGAUCCGUAGGCUUCAUUAUUGACCAUCCAAGGGGUCCGACACAUAAAAAGGAUGAAGGACUCCUGCUUGCCAUCUUCACAAGACUCCCCUUCCUGAGAGUGAUGGCCAAAAGUUCAUGACAGCCCUUGUGUGAUUCACCUGCCUGGAGAGCUGUGGUCUCCCUCAGGAAAUCAGCACGACUGUGGGGUGGAGACAUGUCCUCCACAUGAGUCAUCAGCAAGUGUACUUUUAUGAGGAAGAACUAACACAAUGAGUGUCUUUGCUUGUACUCUUGGAGGGAAGAUGCAAUUUCAAGGGACUAAUGAAAUACUCAGCUCAGCCAUAAGCAGUUGGUAUUAGUAGAAAUAUGAAAGGGAAAGAGAGACCAUUCUGCCCACAGCCAUCAAGGAUUUUUUCACAUUUAACUAGGAAUGAGCAGCCCUUUAGUUUCUUUAUUGAGUAAGUGUACACAUUUAUCAUUUUAAAAUUGUAUUUUAAGAAAUAUAAGGGGUACAAAGGAGAAAAAUUAAUUUUUGUUAAUUUUUUAAAAUUAUUUUUUAUUAAAAGAAAUAUUCCUAGUUCUCAACCUGAAGAAUACCAGAGUUAUAAACAUUUUCUCCAAUACCUUUGCAAAUUAACGUGGUUCAUUCUCCCUUCUUUAACCAAUUUCCCAAUAUGAUCUUCAUAAUUGUCAGAAUCCCUAGUGAAAUCUACUUUGAAAAGACAGAAUUUAAUUCUGAAUGAGUCUUCUUCAUUAGAAAUAUGAAUAUCACUAGUUCUUAUUACCAGUGAGGAACAGGUUUUAUUCACUAAGAUUAUCUUAGCCUUCAGCGGUAGGGAAUUAGCUCUUUUUCUCAUGGGUAUUACAUGUUAGAGUCAGGCUGUGCCAUGGUUAAUCAUCUGAGGCAGAAGACAAGUCGUUUCUGAACACAUCUCCCAACCAAGCACCCCAAAUGCUCUCCCUGUACAGGCCAGGUUGUCCUUUCUCUGCAUUAAAGGACUGUUCAGGAUUCUUUAGUUCUGUUGAGUGUGGGUAUUCCCUUCAUCAGCCUUCCCAUGCCUUGGUCCACAUUGAGUUAGAAGAAUGCCACAAAAAGCUUAUCAAGAGGGUGCAAGAAAUAUUUGGUAAAUUACUCAUUGGUGUGUUGAAAUCACACUAGAGAUUUGCUUCUCAUCCUCAGUAAUAUCCUCUGAAAUGUCUUUAAAUUUCAGUAGUGAGACUCUCUCUCUCCUUGAAUUUAUAUUUUGUUUCCUUAAGUUUUUAACAUGGUCACUUUGGCCUGAACUGAUUUCCUUUUGAGUUCUAGUUCUGAUCUCCUAAGAACAAAGCUAUCAGGCACUAUGUCUAUUGUUCUAAAUUGUAUCCAGCUUUUGUACUUCAUAAAGUAAAACAAAGAGGGUGCCUUUGCAGUAGCAUCGAGCUCAUUUUUGCCCUUCUGCCUUUUAUGUAAGCAUUGCUCAUGACCUCUUGCCUUAACUGUAGUCAUAGCCUUCAGGCUGGGGGUCUAUGCUUAUCUCUCUUCUCCAGUCUGUCCUUCUGAGAACCACCGAGACGUCUUUCUAAAGCACAUCUGUAGUCAUAUCCCUCCCCUAGGAACAAGAAUUCAUAAUACAGAUUCUUCUGCGCCAUAGCUGUGACCAAUUUUUCCAGCUUUCUUACUCUCUAAACCCAAUCAUUCUUCCUGGGCAGUAGCUGGUCCCUGAUCCUCUCCUAACUGGUACAAGGCAUCCUUCAUGCCUGUAGGGCGCUGACUUACCAUCUUCUGCGGUUACUAUAGGCAGUCUUCUCCCUCAAGAACUAGCUAGGGGCUUCUCUAGGAAGCCUGCCCUUCUUCCUUCCCCAACUUUCCCCGAAAAUAAGCUCUGCUCUCCUUGCCCUGAUCUUGUCUCAUCUCAGGAGGUGUUGGCCUUGCCACCCAGUCAGAUUAAGGUCAAAAACUUGGCAGCCAAAGGGCCAGGGCCCGGCCGGCAUUCUUAGGGUUUUUGCUACCCAGUGCACAUUCUGCUCGUGAAAAGGGGAGCCACUAGGGACCUGGCAGGCUCCUAGUUUGUUCUACAAAAGAGUCGUCUGAAUCCUAAACUCAUCCCAAUCCUCUCCUCUCCAACCAUGUAACAAUCCCUGGACCAUUGCUUUGAAACCCACACAUCCCCUCUUCCUCCUCAGAACCACAGUUAAGUGUUGUGCCCAAACACCUUGUAUUUGCACAAUACUUAUGAGUGCCAAUAAUAAUUCUUUGAGAAAGGGACCUUUCAUUUUUGGCCUCUUCCCCAGUUUCUAAGAUUCAUUCACAUGGAGAUUUCCCACACAGUGACAUUUAUCAUUUCCUUUGUUCCCAUUCUUGUGGCUUGGUUCCCUAAUGUCCUAUGAUAUUCACUCAUUGUAACUUUCCACUGGUUAUCUAUGUAAAUGCUUUGCUCAUAAAGACUAAUAACCAAUAUUUUCAAAAACAUUGAUUCCAUUACCCUUUUUAGGAAUGAGCUAGAGUUAAAAGGCUCAUGUCUGACCCUGCAUCUUACAGCCUUAUUUUAUUUAUUGUGUCUAAUCUGCUAAAGAUUUUUUAAGAGAGAGAGAAAACACAAGCAUAAUGUAUAAUCAGAAUGCUAAAAAUUGGCUAUCUGUAAGCCAUUGUGAAAAAGGAGGUCUUUUAUGAGCCUCUUCUAGGAUCUCUGUGUCAAAAUAUUCAAGAAGCUUGCCAAAACAGCUCUUAAUGAUGCUUUUCAGGCCUUACAGGGAUGCAGGAGCUAAAUUAGGAAUUGAAUAAUCACAGUUGCAAAGAUCUUUAAAUGUUAUGAAAAGCUGUGUUAUUUUUUGAAAGUUGUAAUUAUUUUCUGGAAAUUGUCUUAUGCUAGAUUUGUGAAAUUCAGUGACCUUAAAAAAAAAAAAAAAAAAAAAA